CCUCGGCGGGGGCGGAGCGUGGCGCUCGCGCUGGUCCCCCUCCCCGGGCCCCGGGUGUCCCUGUGACGAGGCAGCGCCGAGCGGCCGCCGGCCGGGCCCAUCCCGCCGCAGCGGCCCCGGGGCCGAGCAGGGGCGAGGCGGGGAGGGAGCGGCGGCCAGCGGGCCCGCAGCGCCGACAGAAUGGUGCUGGAAGGAAACCCUGACGUGGGGUCUCCCCGAACCUCAGACCUCCAUCACCCCGGGAACCAGAGCUCCUGCGUGCUCUCCUGCCCUGGCGAAGAUGCGCAGCCCGGCGAGGAGCCCAUCAAGUAUGGCGAACUCAUCGUCCUGGGAUGCUGUGAGGAAGGAGGUGAGGAAACCGAGGCUCAGAGAGGGGAAGUGACUGGCCCAAGGGCACACAGCUGCUACAAUGGGUGUCUGGCAAGUGGGGACAAGGGCCGCCGGCGAAGCCGCCUGGCGCUGAGCCGCCGGCCACAUGCCAACGGAGUGAAGCCAGACGUCAUGCACCACAUCUCCACCCCGCUGGUCUCCAAGGCGCUGAGCAACCGGGGCCAGCACAGCAUCUCGUACACGCUGUCACGGAGUCACUCGGUCAUAGUGGAGUACACGCACGACAGUGACACAGACAUGUUCCAGAUCGGCCGUUCCACGGAAAACAUGAUCGACUUCGUGGUGACAGACACCUCCCCGGGGGGCGCGGCCACGGAGGGCCCUUCGGCCCAAAGUACCAUCUCGCGCUACGCCUGCCGCAUCCUCUGCGACCGCCGGCCGCCCUACACAGCCCGCAUCUAUGCCGCUGGCUUUGACGCCUCCAGCAACAUCUUCCUUGGAGAGCGGGCGGCUAAAUGGCGGACCCCCGACGGCCUCAUGGAUGGCUUGACCACCAAUGGGGUGCUGGUCAUGCACCCGGCGGGUGGCUUCGCCGAGGACUCAGCGCCCGGCGUCUGGCGGGAGAUCUCGGUGUGCGGGAACGUGUACACGCUGAGGGACAGCCGCUCCGCCCAGCAGCGGGGGAAGCUGGUGGAGAGCGAGUCCAACGUGCUGCAGGACGGUUCCCUGAUCGACCUGUGCGGGGCCACGCUGCUGUGGCGCACGCCGGCCGGGCUGCAGCGGGCGCCCACGCGGAAGCAGCUGGAGGCGCAGCGGCAGGAGGCCAACGCGGCGCGGCCGCAGUGCCCGGUGGGCCUCAGCACCCUGGCCUUCCCCAGCCCGGCCCGCGGCCGCACGGCGCCGGACAAGCAGCAGCCCUGGGUCUACGUCCGCUGCGGCCACGUCCACGGCUACCACGGCUGGGGCUGCCGGCGCGAGCGGGGCCCCCAGGAGCGCGAGUGCCCGCUCUGCCGCCUCGUGGGGCCCUACGUGCCCCUGUGGCUCGGCCAGGAGGCCGGCCUCUGCCUGGACCCCGGCCCGCCCAGCCAUGCCUUCGCGCCCUGCGGCCACGUGUGCUCCGAGAAAACUGCCCGCUACUGGGCGCAGACUCCACUGCCCCACGGCACGCACGCCUUCCACGCCGCCUGCCCCUUCUGCGGGGCCUGGCUCACGGGCGAGCACGGCUGCGUCCGCCUCAUUUUCCAGGGGCCGCUGGACUAGGCGCCCCAGCGCGCCCCCCCCUCCCCGCUACUGCCCGCCCGUCCGGGUCCCCCCCACUUCCUGCAGCCUACAGGGAGCUCUGCAUGUGGGACUGCCCAUCUGCCAACCACAGCCACUCCGGAGGGAGACAGCGAAUGUCCCCCCCCCUAAGAUCCGGUCUCCCCGGGGGUCCCCGAGACCCCAGUCCCGGUCUAAAUGAUGGGGCCCUCAGCACCAGCUGUCCCGGGGGUGCGUGGGGGGAAGCCCGCCUCCCUGC